GGGGCAUUUCUUUUCAAAUUGUUUUGCUAUGAAAUUCUUCAAGUGUUGUGCCAAUGAUAUUCGUUGAUGGUUGCGAUUUUUUAAGUGUAUGGGUGGAGAUUUCGAAGCGAUAUUUUUUAUUGAAAAUUAAUCAUGCCGUCUUUGCAAAAGAUUUACGGUCCGCAUCUAUAUACAGAUUGUCCCGAUCACGGGUACGCCGAUAUUCUUCAAAAACAUUCCAUAAAUUCGUUAUUGGACGAACGGAAUAUUUUUCCGGAAAAUAAAGGCGAUACGAUGUCUUCCAUAUCGGAUUUAUUUGGUUUGAAUUCGCCGAGAGGUUUGUUAAAUUUCGGUAACAAUAAUUCCGAUUUGUGCUCAUGUACGCCGACUACUUCAGCUAAUUUUUCGUUGGAUUUGGAUGAUACGAAAUUUACGUCGAGUCAAAUGAAUUAUACGGGGGUUAUAUCGACUCCGAAGUCGUAUCAAAGAAAUUUAUCUUUAGGAAGUGCUGGUACUUCCCCUUGCACGCCCCCAGCCAAUUUCCUAGCGGCUAGGAGCUUGAGGAGUACUUCGUUGAGCGAUAGUUGUGGUAGUAACAGCCCCAACGUGUUGGAGCAUUUGAAUUACUCGAGGAGUAAUUCCCCGGAAUCGGAAUUGAGCGGAAUUUCCAGUCCGGAUGCCGGUUUCAGCGAUCUAUUCAAUUCGUUGAAUAUUAGCGAUAACCUAUCGAGGAAUUUAUUUUCCAACGAUUUGGAUGUCGUUAAUCUUCAACAGCUGCAAGCCAUUCAAGCUUUGAAAUGUCUCCAACAACCAAACAGUUCGACGUUACUCAGUUCGUUGUUGCCGCCGGCCUGUUCGCACAACAACAUGCAGCAAAUAAUGGAUAAGUGGAACGGCAGUACGUCGCCUUUGCUCAAUUUUCUCCCUGAAAAUUUGCAGCUCGAUCGCGCGGCUCGUUUUCAUCGAUCUGCUGCUUCUCUGUACGACGCCACUUGUACGUGGAGCGGCGUUUUACCGCCCCGUUCGAACGUCAAACCGAUCGGUUAUUCGAGCAAAGUAUUUCUCGGCGGCGUCCCUUGGGAUAUAACCGAACAAAUGUUGAUCCAAACAUUCAAACCGUUCGGUCCAAUACGAGUCGAAUGGCCCGGCAAAGAUAAAGCCGCCUCCCAACCAAAGGGAUAUGUCUACGUCAUAUUCGAGUCCGAGAAGAACGUCAAGGCUCUAUUGCAAACUUGUACCAACGACUACGCCAACGGCGGUAACUGGUACUACACCAUAAGUUCCAAAAGAAUGAAGGCUAAAGAGGUCCAAGUCAUACCGUGGAUAAUAAACGAUUCCAAUUACACCAAAUCGACUUCGCAAAAAUUGGAUCCCAGCAAAACCGUUUUCGUCGGCGCCCUGCACGGGAUGCUCAACGCCGAAGGCUUGGCCAAGAUCAUGAACGAUCUGUUCGACGGCGUCGUUUACGCCGGUAUCGAUACCGAUAAAUAUAAGUAUCCCAUCGGUUCCGGUCGCGUUACUUUCAACAAUCAAAUUUCUUAUACCAAAGCCGUCGCCGCCGCCUUCAUCGAAAUCAAAACCGCCAAGUUUACGAAAAAGGUGCAAGUCGAUCCAUACUUGGAGGAUUCGCUCUGUUCGGUCUGUCAAGUCCAACAGGGUCCGUACUUUUGCCGAGACAUGAACUGCUUCAGAUACUUUUGCCGCACCUGUUGGCAAUGGCAACACAACAACGAAUUGCGUCAUCACAAACCGUUGAUGAGGAAUUCGAAGAAUAAUCAAGUGGUCGGUCUCGGGAAUAACGGCGCCGGCGCGGUAACGCCUUCGACGUCGUCGUCGUCGUCAUCGUCAUCGGGUCUUUUCGCCGUACAAAAAGUAUAAAAGAUUCGCGAUUUAUCGUUACGCUGUAUCGAGCGUAUCAAUUAUAUUAUUACCAUUAUUAUUAAUCAUAAUAUUUCUAAUUCUUGUUAUUGUCGGUUUCGAAAAAAAUUUUUUUAGGUUAAGUUCAUAAGGCUUCGAUUUGAAACGUUACUCCUCUUUCCCCCAACUAUUAGUUGACUGCGCGUAAAGUAUCGAAAUUUCGGCGAUUCGAUAUUAAUUUUGACGGCGCCGUGUGAAGCGGGCUCUUUAUUUUAUUCUAUUACAAACGAAUCGGGCCGUUUUUUUUUCUAUAUUUGAAAAUCUGGAAAAAAUCGCGUCGUUCCGUACUUUACGCGCACCCUGUAUUACGAUUUAAUUUCUUCCGAUUAAUUCUAAUACGAAUGCCGGAGCGAAAUUUAUCGAUGCGACGACGAAACGUACGAGAGCGAUAGAAAAAAUUUGAAUUUUUUUAUACGGUGUAUGAACAAAAGUGAACCGAAUUUUCAAACAAAUUAAAUUUCGUAAAAAAUUUGUCGGUUCAUGUAUAUAAAAUUUCGAUAUUUUCCUUUUGUUAGAAUUGAUCGGAAGAUUUAUAUAUUUUUUUUGUUUUUGUUUUUUUUUUCUAAAAUUUAUAAUCCGAUAAUUUUGAGGGGGGGAGUAUGUGAAGAGUACGUUUCCGUAAACUUUUCACGUGAUCUGAUAAUUGUUUGGAUUUCGACUUUGCCGAAUCGAAUCGUUACGACGAAUACUACUUUUAUCGUCAUUCGGCGUAUUGUUUUUGUGAAUUUGUUAAUUAUCAUAGAUUUCAUGUUUUCGUCAUUAAAUUUAUCGAGAUAUAUUCGUUCAAAUCGUUUCGUCAUUAUUUCGGCGUUUUUUUUUUCAUUUAAAAUUUGUACAAAGUGUUAAUUAUCAUUCGGCGGAAUUCGUAAUAUAGUUUUAUUUUUGACGAAGGAGAUUUCUAGGACUUUUUACGGUUUGCCGAAUAAUUUUAGUACGAUUCGUCAAUAUUCCCCAAUUUUUUUACGUGUGACGAAUAAAUUCGUUAGCGUUUAUAGUCAAACAUUGUACAAUUUGCCGAAUAAUGAGUUUUCCGAGUAAAUAUUUGAUUUUUCCGAAUGAUUUUCGAUCUUUCGUCCAACUCUUUAUUAUAUAUUAUUAUUAUUAAACCGUCCAAGUUUAGUUUGACGGAUAAUAUUUCGAUGUUUCCGCUAGUUCACGACAAAUCAAUAUCGGUAGACACGACACUUUGCCGAAUAGUUUUCCGAACAUUCCUCAACUGUCUUCUGUUUUGCCGAAUAAUUUUUUGGAUAAUUUGACAAAUUUUACGAACAUUCGGCGAAAUUCUUCAACGGUACAUAUUUGAAAUUUCGACGUUUGCCGAUUUAGUUCUCGAUAAUCCCACUAGUUUUCAACAAUUCGAAAUCGCUUAGACACUGUGCCGAAUAAUUCGGCAACAAUCGUACAUAUUUUCGGAAAACAUUUCGCGAUUUUACCGAACAGUUUUUUGAUAAAUUCGACGAAUUAUCGUCAAUUCUAAACCGUUUCAUUCGACUUAUAUCAUUUUAUACACUAGGCCGAAUAGCUUUACGAAUAUUCGGCGACAUUGUUCCACAGUGCAUAUUUGAAAUUUCGCGUUUUGCCGAAUACGUUUUCGAUAAUCCGACGAUUUUUCAACAAUUCGAAAUCGCUUAGAUACUUUGCCGAAUAAUUCGGCAACAGUUGUACAUAUUUUCUGAAAACAUUUCGGAGUUUUGCCGAAUAAUUUUUUGAUAAUUCGACGAAUUGUCAAUUCUAAACCGUUUCUUUCGACUUAUAUCAUUUUAUACACUAGGCCGAAUAGCUUUACGAAUAUUCGGCGACAUUGUUCCACAGUGCAUAUUUGAAAUUUCGCGUUUUGCCGAAUACGUUUUCGAUAAUCCGACGAGUUUUCAACAAUUCGAAAUCGCUUAGAUACUUUGCCGAAUAAUUCGGCAACAGUUGUACAUAUUUUCUGAAAACAUUUCGGGGUUUUGCCGAAUAAUUUUUUGAUAAUUCGACGAAUUAUCGUCAAUUCUAAACCGUUUCUUUCGACUUAUAUCAUUUUAUACACUAGGCCGAAUAGUUUUACGAAUACUCGGCGAUAUUUUUCAACGGUACCUUUAUGAAAUUUCGCGGUUUGCUGAAUACUUUUUCGAUGUUUCCAAUAUUUAAAGACAUUCUUAAACCCCUCAUUCAACUCUCGU